AUGAAGAUGGCUGAAAGGGUUACCAGUACACCCAGAACUAUCGAUGCUCCUGCUACUACCAAGGAAGUCCUUCCUCCUGCAGAAGAGGUAAAAAUCGAGGAAAACUCUGGGUUGGAGAGAGCACCACCCACACUUUCUGGACUCGAAUUGAUCGCCGUCUUUAUUGUCCUUUGUCUCGCUGUCUUUCUGGUUGCGUUGGACAACACAAUCAUCGCUACUGCAAUCCCCCGCAUUACGGAUGAGUUUAAAGCCCUUGACUCUGUAGGGUGGUAUGGCUCAUCCUAUCUCCUGACAACAUGCAUGUUCCAACUGGUGUUUGGGAAGCUCUACGGGUAUUUCCCCAUGAAGCUGGUAUUUCUUUGCGCCAUUCUUGUCUUCGAAAUUGGCUCUGCGGUCUGUGGUGCCGCCCCAACCUCAGAUAGUUUUAUCGUUGGCCGGGCCAUCGCAGGGCUGGGUGCUUCUGGCAUUUUCCAAGGGGCGAUGGUGAUUGUCGCCUACUCGGUAGAGCCCCGCAAGCGUCCAGUGUAUAACGGGAUCUUUGGUUCGAUCUACGGCAUAUCCUCCAUCAUCGGUCCUCUCCUCGGUGGAGCGUUCACGUCCAAUGUCAGCUGGAGGUGGUGCUUUUACAUCAACCUGCCCAUCGGGGGCGUAGUGGUUGUAAUCCUCGCCGUCUUUCUUCAGUUGCCUGCCAGUCCCCGGGAAGAGACCUCUCUCAAGGGAUGGAUCCGAGAUAUGGACCCAUUGGGAAUGAUCACUUUUCUUCCGGCAAUUAUCUGCCUUCUCUUAGCCCUCCAGUGGGGGGGCAGUACAUAUAGUUGGUCCAACGCGCGGAUUAUCGCCCUCUUCGUUCUCUCCGGUCUGUUAGUGUCAGCCUUUAUUCUGAUUCAGAUCAAGCAACAGGAUAAUGCCAUGGUUCCCCCGCAUAUCAUCCGCAUGCGCACGGUUUUGUUCGCGUCGCUCUUUAUGGUUCUGCUGGCGGGCGGCUACUUCACCAUGGUGUACUACCUCCCUAUCUGGUUCCAAGCCAUCAAGGGCGUUGGCAUGGGAAUCCAGCUACCCAUCAUUGCUGCCCAGGCUGUACUUCCUCCGCCCGACAUCCCCGUGGGCACUGCCAUUAUGACCUUUUGCCAGACAUUCGGCGGUGCCAUCUUCGUCUCCGUCAGCCAGGCCGUGUUCGCAAAUAGGCUUCGCUCUGGCAUUCUCGCUCUCGUCCCAGGAACCAGCCCGUCAAUUGUAAAUGAAAUUGGGGCAACGAACCUGUCCUCGGUGAUACCCGAAGAGUACAUGGAUGCCGCGCGAGAGCUUUGUCUCUUCCUAGCCGCACUGGACUUUACCAUUGCUACCACCGCAAUCCCGACAAUUGUGUCCUCGUUCCACUCUGGACGGAGCUAUGUCUGGAUCGGCUCCGCGUACCAACUCGCUAGCGCCGCGUCAACGCCCAUCUGGGGGAAACUAUCCGAUAUCUGGGGACGGAAAGCCAUUCUCCUCGUUGCCAUUCUUAUCUUUGCAAUUGGAUCGAUUAUCUGUGCGGCCGCGACAAUGAUGGGGAUGAUGCUAACAGGCCGUUCUAUCCAAGGUGCUGCGGCUGGAGGAAUAGUGAUUCUGGUGAAUAUCUGCAUUAGUGACUUGUUUACAGAAAGAGAAAGAGGAUUCUACCUUGGGCUGACUGGCGUCGUCUGGGGACUUGCCAGUGGCGUUGGCCCUCUGGCUGGAGGUGCAUUUUCCGAGUACGUCUCUUGGCGCUGGAACUGGUGGAUCAACCUUCCCUGCUGUGGAUUCUCGUUUGUUGUUCUGUUCUUCUGUCUCGACCGCGUUCGUGAGAGACAAGCGGGAAUCAGCAGCGGCUUGCGACAAAUAGACUGGCUUGGGAGUCUGGCCAUCGCGGGUAUAACUACCAUGUCGCUUCUGGGUCUCAACAUCGGGGGUGUCUACAGCUCAUGGGGGUCCGCCAAGGUAAUCUGUCUUCUUGUGUUUGGAGGCUUCACCAUGGCGGCUUUCGUGGUCUAUGAAGCGAAGAUUAUAUCGGAGGAUAAAGCCUUGAUACCAAUGCGCAUUUUACGACGUCUGUCCAACAAUGCGUCGCUGCUGGUUUGCUUCAUGCACGGAUUUGUCAACGUUUCGUCCUGGUACUUUCUUCCACUAUACUUUCAAUCCAGCCGCUCCCUGACCCCUCUUCGAUCCGGCCUUCUCCUCAUGCCAAUGACCGUCAUCCAGGCUGUGACAGGAUUCCUGGCUGGCUUCAUCAUCCGCCGCACCGGCCGGUAUCUCCCGUUGAUCUAUCUCGGUAUGACGCUUACCACAUUAGCCUUCUCACUCUUCACCCUUUUGUCCGACAAGUCAACAAUCUCCUCCAUUAUUGGCCUCGAGCUACUUGGAGGGCUAGGCGUGGGGCUGGUCUUUCAACCACCCCUCAUUGCUCUUCAAUCUUGCGUUCACCACAACGACGUUGCCACGGCCACGGCCUUUUUUGGAUUUAUCCGGAGUCUUUCGACCUCGGUGUCCAUUGCGAUUGGCGGGGUCAUGUUUCAGAACGAGAUGCAGUCCCGUCAGGCCAUGCUUCAAAGGCUUCUUCCUGGGAAUGUCGCCAGAGAGUUUUCCGGCCAGAGUGCUGCCGCAAACGUGGCUCUAAUCCAGUCGUUGAGUCAUGGAGAGGCGCAGAUAGUCAAAGAAGCAUAUUCACAGAGCCUAAGCCGGAUGUGGAUCUUAUAUGCGUGCUUUGCCGCUGCUGGACUGCUCAUGAGCUUCGGCAUUCAGAAUCAGAUGUUGCGAACUGAAUUGGUAGAAACAUCCGGAUCUACCAACUCGAUCUCGGCCAGUGAUAACAAAACAUAA